AUGGGGCCAUCGCUAAAGCCGCACAAAACAAGGAUCACGAAAUUGGCGAACACACUGGAAGAGAUGAUAGAAAGCUCCCAACAUAUGGUGGCUUUCGAAGUCCCCAUUAUGGAGAACGAAGAAGAGUCAAUGGAUCUCUUACGAACUAGGAUAAAAUCGAUACAGCACCGCCACACCAACAUCACCACAACCAAAGCAGCACUAGAGACAGCGGUCUCUAGUUAUCAGGAAGCCUUCAACUCGUUGGACAACAACUCUCAGCAAGAAGAACGAACAUCCCAAGAGACGUAUGUUGACCGUGCUUGGGAUCUAACAGCGACGGCACUCUCCCUUCUUAACAAACUGGACGAAAAGGAGACAGAACUUUCUUCCAGACUGGAUAACUUCGCCCAAGCGGCAAGAAGAAGAGAGAGACAACUCGAAACCGUCAACACACCUCAGGCAUCCAACGAGUCGUCAAGAUGGACAACCCCGCCACCGUCCCAGCUGCAAUCAUUGCUGCCCAGGCUGCAACUUCCCAAGUUUAGCGGAAGACGCGGGGAAUGGGGGUCCUUUUGGGCCAUAUUCCAAGUCACCGUGGACGAACAGCCAAUCCCCACGAUGAUCAAAUUCAACUACCUUCUCCAGUCGCUAGUAGGAGAGGCAAGGCAGACGGCAGCACAGUUUCAGGUGGUAGAAGCAAGCUAUCAACUAGUCAUAGAAGCUCUCAAAAAGAAGUAUGGCGAAGACGCAUCCAUCAUCGAAGACUUGUUGAUGCAGCUCGAAACCACCAAGGCGGAGGGACUGUCCACUAAGCUACAGGCUAAUCUACUAGAACGAAUUACAGCCAUCCUGACGCAACUAGCCGCGAAAGGCCAGGAUGUCAAUCAAAGACUAGUGCUCAACCUAGUCUUACGAAAAUUCAGUGCCGAAAUCCAAGCAAAGGCAUUCGAAAGGCGAGAGAGGCUCACAGAUUCGCAACAGUGGACGUGGUCAGUUCUCCAAAAGGACUUACAAGACAUUAUCACUACCAAAGAAAGGAUAGAAAGGAGUCAAGAACUGAUCACGAAGCCUCAUACGCCACUCUCUCCCCUAAGGGGAGAAAGUCAGGAGAGACGCCCGAUACCAGCCUGCAUCUAUUGCAAACGAAGUAAUCAUCGAUCAGUGGAGUGCAGGACUGUUCCAAUAUCGGAGCGAGCAGCGUUCUUGGCGAGGAAUCAGCUGUGCACAAAUUGUGGAAGGCCGAACCACACUGCACAGAACUGUAGGAGUCAAGGAUGCUUCAGAUGUGGACUCAAGCACCAUUCAUCCACAUGCCGAAGACUAUUACCGCCGCCGAACCACGAACAAUCUACAGGGACGACAACGAAGCCCCAACAAAUCAAUCAGCCAGCUCGAAUAGUUCCCACACCCAACGUUGCACGAAUGCAGCAGAGAGGAACAACACAAGCCACACAUAGGCAAACCACACAAAACCUGGUCACUAUAGAAGAAGAUAGGAAAAAGAAAAAACCUGUGACGAAAACAGCAUCCACUACAUUACAAACCAGUUGCGAAGAUAACGAGUUAGACAUAUAUGAUAACUACUGGAAGAUGGAAUCCACAGGGAUCGAAGAAUACACAGGAACCGAGAAAGAAGCUAAAAAGAUCCAAGAGGAUCAAAUUCUCAAGAAAUUCAAGGAAACAAUUGUACGAAAACCAGACGGAUAUUAUGUACGGCUUCCUUGGAAGGAGCCUCACGAAUACCUACCAGAUAAUAGAUCCAUUGCACUAGCCAGAUUGAAGUCACUGCUCAGACAGUACGAAGACCGCAAAGAAUUCCUACAGGAGUUCGAUAACAUCUUCAAAGAUCAAUUCCAGAAAGGGAUUAUCGAAGUAGUGGAAGACAAGGCCGGCAAACCUCGACCUAAAGGCCAAAUCAUCCACUAUCUGGCACAUCAAGCAGUGAAAACCAUCAACAUAAAAACAGUUUAUCUCCUAUCAGACUCGGAAAUAGCCUUGAGUUGGCUGAAGAACGAAAGCCCACAGAAGACUACAGGAGUCUUAGUAACGAAUAGAAUCAAAGAAAUUAAGAAAAUAGCGAAGAAACUAGAGCAGGAAGGGGUAAACACCUAUUUCGGCUACAUUAACACGAAGGUAAACCCAGCAGACUGCGCCACACGAGGUCUUACAGCCGAGGAAUUGCAAAAUCAUAUAUGGUGGGAUGGCCCUCCGACCUCGCUCACGGACGAAAAUGCCAUUUACGAAGGGCUAGAACGAUUCCAAUUGACCCCUGAUCCUGCUGAAGUAUUGCAGAUCUCGAAUGCGAGCCACCCACUCAUACAUGUGGAACGAUUUAGCUCGCUUCGAAGACUGAAAAGAACCGUAGCGUACGUUGGCAUAUUCCUGAACAAAUUGGCGAAGAACUUACCAGAGGAAUCGAAGCAGAAAAUUAGAAGAGCCAGUGGAAUUCAGGAAGCUACGGAUAAACUCCAAGGAGCAGAUCUUAUGCAAGCAGAAAGGACUAUUAUUAAGCUCCACCAGAAAGAACACGAAGCUCUGAUAACAGCCAACGAACAACGAAAACUCAACAUUACCAGAGACGAUAAAGGGACGGAGAAUCCAAAUCAAAUACGCCAAGUCGAGCUCAGAAUGCCAAACGGAAAAGUGACGAAGAGGCCAGUAAACAGUCUCAUACCACUUGAGUUACUGGAUUCGGAUCCCGGUCACGAACAACUAUCAACUCACGAACACCCGAGCGCACCCACCCAACCCGAACUUCCAAGCGAACCUUCACCCGAAACCCCAAGGCGUCCAAAACGAAGCCCCUCUAGAUACUACCCGUACAGCCUCGAAGAGUACGAAAUCAAUUCGAUUACCACAGACGAAAAAUCAAUUACACAGCCAAACACGUAUAUUUUCAGAAUGCAGGAACAAGGACAAGGUUACGAAUCCCUCGACUCCUUUCUUCAGACUCUGAAUCAACGCCGGUCGAUGUUCAAUGAGAAAGAACUACAGAGACGCUUGGACAUCGUGUACGAAGAAACUACUAAGCUUAUGGCACAAGGACAGCAAAUAGUCACGAAGGCUACAGACCUGAAGAACGAAGCCGCCAAUUACGAACCAGUUCCGGAAAAGUCAAAGCCACUUUACGACAGGAAGAACGAGCUACUUGCAUCCAUUCAUCUUCUCAAACAGCGAUGGGAACACGUUCACGUAGUCUCUAUACUUCUCUGGGACGCAUACGACAUGUUAGUUCACCUGAAUCCACCAACAUUCUUCAAUAGGGUAGCGUUCGAACAACGACCAAGGCCAAGAGGACACUAUACCAAGGAUGACAGCAUAACCACCAUUCGCGAAGAGCAGCAUCAGCUCAACGGCCUCCAAGCACAGCUUGAAAUACUUACAAUCGACCCUUUCCUCAAUCCGUAUAUUGAUAGCGACGAAAAGAAACCAUACAUCAGUGAAGUCUCCGAUGCCGACAUUCACGCCAAGCUGGACAACAUCGAAAAGCUGAUCCAAAAACGGAUUGACGACACAUCUAUCACUAAAAGAUCACCGGACACGGAAUCAAUGCUCAGGAAGCUACAUCGAAUCGAAACCAUCCUUAUCGAAGACAAAGCAAGACGCACCGAGGAUACAUUGUCUCAGCAACUAGUUCAGCUGACGGAGCUACUUCAACAGACGUCCACGAAUUUGGAAAAUAAGAUAAACAACAACACCGAACUUAUCGUGAACUCCAUCAUCAAUUUACUGACCCAGGUUUCGGAACUCCUACGCACAGGCCACCAGCCCAAGUCACCCGACCGUCACCGUCAUAAUAGCAGUUCACCAGUCGCCAGAAGGCAGAAGCCUCGAAGAAGCCGCUCGAGACAACCCGCCAAAAGACCACCUCGAGACCCCGAAUUGGCUCUUCUGCAUCGUAAACUCGAUCACCUAGCACAAUGUGAGAAGAGAUUGUACGGACUGGACGCUCCGCAGCCAUCGACACCCCACAAAUGUACCUUCUGCUUCGCUAUACAUAACGAAGAUGCCUGUGUCGCCUUCAAAACAGUCGAAGAAAGAAGAGCCGUCGUACGGAGCCGCAACCUCUGCAUCCAUUGCCUCGGCAACUCCUGCGUGAAACCCUGCCCGGACCGAAUCGCAUGUAAUUACUGUAAAAGCAAGUCGCAUCACUACGCCUUAUGCCCACUUCCAGAAGAACGUAGCGCCCUCGAAGAGCAAAUCGCCAUGUACCAUCACUAA